AUGAGUCAGGGUACAUAUAAUGUUUGUAUUGAUGAGUCAGGGUAUAUAUAUAACAUCUGUAUUGGUGAGUCAGGGUACAUAUAAUGUUUGUAUUGAUGCUUCACGCCAACCUGUUUCUGCUGAUUCGUUGUCAAGUAACACCAAGAAGAUUUUGGAGGAGAUUACUCGUUGUUUAAACUUGGAGAAACUUCUGCCUUGUUAUAAGUAUACCAUCACUGUUAGUUGUUUGAAAGCCAUUCGAAGACUUCAAAAAAUGGGACACCUUCCGAGCCAUUCCUUGAUAUUUCGAGAAUAUGCUGCCUACGGACAGUUCAUUGACGUCAGGAUGGCAGCCUUAGAAGCCUUAGUAGACUUUAUCAAAGUUUUAGGGAAACAAGAAGACUUGAACUUUCUUUUGGACAUGGCAGAAAGUGAUCCUGUUCCUUUCAUCAAAUUGUAUAUCUUCAGACUCCUAACAGAAAAUCCUCCCUUCAAAAAGGGAGACCAGAAUCCUCUAAACACAGAGGAACUUGUGGAGACGUUGUGGAAACUCAUGAACUCGGGUAGUUCACACGACUCUCAGCUUAGGUGUGCUAUUGUUGACCUGUAUUAUGUGCUGUAUGGACGGACACGACCAACUUCCCUUCCAAUUCCAGAGUUGGCUGUUGUACUGAAUUUGAAAGAGAAAAAAGCACGGUUGAAUAGUUCUGUCUCACCAGAGGAUGAUGUGAUUAAGACGGAGACAACUGAGAAUUUAGUGGGAUCUGUCUUAUCAGACGAGAAUUUAUGUAAGAACAAUUCCAGUCCAGAAGAUCUUUUACAAACAAAUAUUGGAGAGAAGAGAAAGGCAUCUAGUCCUUUGGUGUUAAUAGAGGACCACCCUGAAAUGGAAUCAUUAAAUGCGUCAAUAAAAGCGGAGCCUGUGAAUUUGAACGAAGACAUCUUGAAAGUUAAAGUGAAGGAAGAGGGAACUACACCAGAAUCCAGCAGUAUAGUAACCAGCACAACUUCAGCUCCUGUUGUGGUCUCUUCAGUCAACACCUUUGUGCCGGUGAGUUCUGUACAGGCUGAUUUAAUCAACAGCACGGGGAGUUUAGACUCUGCCUCGGCAGCUCACUCGACCGCCACAGCUUUCCAUUCUGCCGAUAUGUUCUCUGAUGAUUCUCAGUCUAAGUCUCUUCCAGGUUUGACAGGUUCAACGGGGUUGCAGCCUACAGGAUUUGAUUCAAGCAUGUUUUCUAAAACAUCUCCCGAACCCCGAUCAUUAUCAGAGGCUGUCGAAGUUAAGAAUGAAACGAGUGAGAGUUCAAAAACGCAUAAAGAUAAAAAGAAGAAAAAGAAGAAAAACAAACAUAAACAUAAGCAUAAGCACAAACAUGACAAACCUGAAAAGGACAGACUAGAUAAAGAAAGAUUUUACAGUUCAGGUGGAAGUACAAAUCAGUCACCUGCGACUUUUAGUGGCGGAAGUCCUCAUCUGUAAAAUAUCUAAAUAGAGAAAGUAAUGAAUAAAAACAUCCACAUUUUAGACUAAUUGAUACUUUUCUUAUAUUACAAAUUUCUUUUGUUUUCACCAAAGGUAAAAUUGUGAUGUAGAAGCCUGGUGCAUUCUGUGAUCUAUAGCAUCCUUGGUUACUGCAACACCAUAAUAUUAUUUACACACCUAAAUUAAUUUGGGUUACUAAUGAUGUCUUUUUUUAGUUUGUCUUAACACCACAUCUUAUAGCUGCUGGUAGACAUCAAGAUAUUAAUUAUCAGCAAAACAUCUGUUUCAAAGACUAGACUGUUUAAAAUUAGUAAAAAUGUUUCAGUGUGGUUUUGUUUUUAGUUGUUGUUUUUUUUUUUGAAUAAACUUUGUAAAAUAUUAUGUUUUAAUGUGGCACAUCCCUCACAUUAUUUUAAUAACAGCUUCUUGAUCUAAAGUUAUUUGAAGAAUUUAUAUAUGAUUUUAUGAUUACAGUUGUUGAAAAUACCACUAUGAUGUACCAGCUGUUUAGUUAGAUAAUAUUAGUUCAAAAUUUACUUAGUAAUAGAUAAAGAAUUUGUUGCCUUUUAUUAAAGUGUAAAUUUUCCUGUGUA